AGCCAGCCAGUGGGUGUAGCUGUUAAACCUGUAAUGUCUCAUAUGCAGCCAGAUGCAUGGGACAGACUAUUCAUUUGUGAACAGAUCUGAGGAAGAGGAACCAUGUGUCUAAACACGGGUCCUCCAUGCCACUGUCUGACGGAGGGCAAUCCUUGUGAACCAUGCAGACUGACGGCCAAAGACAAGGAGAUGGAGGAGGUCGAAGUCCAUCUGUCCAAUAACAUCAGCGCAACGAGUCAAGCAUCGGUCACGUGUGACACCGAUCUGAACGUCUCUCACACCGCAGCUGGGAGCAAGAAGAGCCGAAACUGGGGAUGGAUAGUGUCUGUGGUCAUCUGUAUAAACAUUUUGCUGCCGGGAUGUGCCUUGGCCAGUGGCACUGCACACAACGACAUUGACAUCAAAACCACGGACCUGCAGAUUUUCCAAAUUAUCCUUAUCAUCCUCACGUCCACCUGGAUGAUCUAUUACUCCAUCUUUGUGGCCAGGAAUGAAAAUGCUGUUGUUUUCAAGGAUUCCCAUGCUGGACCGAUAUGGCUCAGGGGGGGACUUGUGCUUUUUGGAUUGUUGAGCAUUAUCAUGGAUAUUUUCAAGAUAGCCAGCUAUGUGGGCUACCUCCACUGUGACUCUGGCGUUAAGGUUGCUUUCCCUGUGGUGCAAUUCGUUUUUUUACUUGUGCAGACAUGCUUCUUUUGGCUCCAUGCAAAGGACUGUGUGCAGCUGCAAAGGAAUUUAACACGCUGUGGGCUGAUGCUCACCCUCUCCACAAACCUGGUCGUGUGGAUGACAGCGGUCACUGAGGAAUCAGUUCACCAUACAACCAUUCCCGACUAUGAGAGCAACACCACUAAACUCUCCGGAAGAAACAUGUACAUCAGUAAAGCAGGUUAUGGAGACAGCAGCUGCAAGUGCAGCCACACUUCAUGUAGUAUCUUCAAAUCGGCCUACUACUAUCUGUACCCUUUCAAUAUCGAGUACAGUCUCUUUGCUUCUGCCAUGGCCUAUGUCAUGUGGAAAAAUGUAGGCCGAGUAGUAGAUGAUCACCCCCAUCACAAAUUCAAAAUUCAUCCGAAAGAUGCAUUUCUUGGUCCUGUGACAGGAGUUCUCAUAGUCAUAGCAGGUCUGGCAACCUUUAUAGCAUAUGAGAUGGAGAUGGUAAACGAUAGCCAGGACGACAGUGUAAAAGACAGAGCCAUGAUGAUGCACUUUGCCAUGAACAUAGUCAUAGUCACCACGAUGUCCGUCGCCACUGUGAUCGGCUGUGUAGCCUACAGAGCAGACCACAGGGAGCAUAAUUCUGAUAAAAAUCCAACACGUAACUUGGAUGUGGGGCUGCUGGUGGGAGCCUCACUGGGACAAUUCAUCAUCAGCUAUUUCACUAUUAUAGCCAUGAUAGAAACCGGAGCCAAAGGCUAUUUAAAUAGGCUUAAUCUGACUUGGGCUAUCCUGAUGGUGAUCCAGUUGGGCCUGCAGAACUUAUUCUUAAUCGAAGGCUUGCAUCGGGAGCCCUACCAUGAGCUGCUGCCAGUCACUGUGGUUUCAAAUCCAUAUGUGCUGCAGCCAGGCAAAGAUGUGAGCGGCCACGAGGAAUCAAACAUGGAUAAAAAGGCCGGCGAAGUAACCGCAGAGCACAUUGCGCACGGACACACGACCGAGCACCAACACAAACUGUCAUGGAAGAGGCGGGUGUUAAAGGAGGUCUGUGCAUUUCUGCUGCUGGGCAACGUCAUUCUGUGGAUCAUGCCAGCAUUCGGUGCUCGUCCUCAGUUCGACCACGACGCAGAAACGGAAUUCUUCACCUUUGACAUAUGGGCGGCUGUCGUCAACGUUGCCCUUCCGUUUGGCAUCUUUUACCGCAUGCAUUCAGUCGCCAGUCUGUUUGAGGUUUUUCUGACCUCGUAACACAACAGUUUGUCAAGCUAUAUGUUUUUUGUUUGUUUUUGAAAUUAUGAAACCGUUUUAUAUUCGUGUUAGAGGUACUUUGUUUCCAACAUGCUUUUGUUAUUUCUCCACAAAAGAAAGUCAUUAUUUUUCACUAUUUUUUCAAGUAGAUGUUGACUGAAGAAUAUGAUCCCGUGUUGUUGCUCAUACAGCCUGUAAAUGUGACGAAGAUGAAAAUGUAUUCCGAAUUUUUUUCAUGUUGAUGUUGAUCUUGAACAAUUUAAUGUUUCAUGCUGUGAAUGCACAUAAUAAAACAGCUGAAUGAAAA